AGUUUUGUUGUGGGAUUUGUGAUCUUUCAAUGGGCUGUUUUGAUGAGGGGCAUUUCAAUGGGGAGCUUGAAAAUGGAGUGAGUAUUGGGUGUGGUGAAGUGGGUUUUGAGGAAGAGAUAAAGACUGAUAUUGCUGCCAUUGAGGAUGCCGUGAAGGUGCUGUUGCUUGGUCUUGGGGAAAAUAUUAACAGGGAAGGUCUUAGGAAGACACCACUUCGUGUUGCCAAGGCCCUACGUGAAGGAACCAGAGGAUACAGACAAAAAGUGAAGGACAUUGUUAAUGGUGCCUUAUUCCCUGAAGCUGGUCUAGAAAACAAUAGAAUUGGUCAUGCAGGGGGCGCAGGUGGACUUGUGAUUGUCCGAGAUCUUGAUCUUUAUUCCUAUUGUGAAUCUUGCUUGCUACCAUUCCAAAUAAAAUGUCACGUGGGUUAUGUCCCUUCUGGCCAAAGAGUUGUGGGUUUAAGCAAGCUCUCUCGCGUGGCCGAUGUAUUUGCUAAACGACUUCAGGAGCCUCAGCGUCUGGCAGAUGAGGUUUGUUCAGCAUUGCAUCAGGGAAUAAAGCCUGCAGGUGUUGCUGUUGUACUUCAGUGUACACAUAUCCACUUUCCAGAGUCAAUCUUUCCUGAAACAAACCACCAAGCAUGGGUGAAGACACUUGUUUCAUCAGGUUCUGGGAUUUUUGAAAACAAAAGUGCAGAUGUAUGGUCUGAUUUCUUUUGCCUUCUUAAAUUAGGUAUCGAAAUAGAAAAAAAUCAUCCAAGAGGAUCAUCUGACCAAUGCUGGUGUCCAUCUUUUUCUGCUAAUGUUCCCUCCAAAAUUAUACCAGUCAAUCCUGCAAUGGUCACUGCAGUAUCCUCAAUCCUUAAUUCUCUUGGAGAAGAUUUAUUAAGGAAGGAGCUUGCAGGGACGCCUAGUCGAUUUGUGAAAUGGCUAUUGAACUUCCAAAGUAUUGACAUGGAUGUGAAGCUGAAUGGUUCCAUCUGUGGUGGGAUAGAUACUUUGAAACUCAAUAGGGAGGUGAACUUCAAUGACAAACAAAUACACUCUGAGCUGAACUUGCCGUUUUGGUCACAAUGUGAGCAUCAUAUACUUCCAUUUCAUGGUGUUGUCCACGUAGGAUACUUCCUUUCAGAAGGAUUUAAUCCCAUUGGUAAAUCCCUUUUGCAGUCUAUUGUACAUUUUUAUGGUUUCAAACUACAGGUUCAGGAAAGGCUUACAAGGCAAAUAGCUGAAACCAUUGCACCACUGUUAUUAGGUGGACAUGUAAUAGUAGUUGUAGAGGCAAGCCACACAUGUAUGAUUUCUAGGGGAAUUGAGAAGUUUGGAAGUAGUACAGCUACCAUUGCUGUAUUAGGACGCUUUUCAACCGACCUUGCCGCCAGGGCUGCAUUCUUGCAGGGUGUUACAAGUGCUACAAUUUCUGGGGAGCAAUAGUUGCCGUUGGUCCUCGCUAGAAAUGAUUUGGUAGUGAUUCAUUUCAUUCACUACAUCUUUUAAGGUUUUGCUACCAGCAGUGCAGCAGCCUAGACAUUGGUAAAUUAAGAAAACAUCCCUUCAUGAAUAAUUUUACUACAGUUCUGGUGGCAUAGGCUUAUCCUUAGAUGUUGUGUGAAGAUUGAUAGCUAGAUCUUUCAUAUUUUGGCUUCCCUCUUUUUAUGUGGAUACAUUAUAUACAUAUCCCUCAACAAUAAUUCAAGGGGUGAAUCAUUUGUUCAGAUUUACAUGCUGGCAGAUUACAAUUGUUGUUACUCAUUUUCAUAGUUUCAUAUGAAGGUUAAGAAAGGAAUGGUUCAAACUUAA